AUGACCGAACCCAUCACACGGCGCAAACACAAGGGACCUCGACCUCAGAUUUCCUGUGCUGUAUGCCAUCGUCGUAAAGUCAAAUGCGACAAAAGUCUACCAUGUGCCCAAUGCAUCAAGCAUGGCUGCCGGGACGAGUGCAGAUUCGACGGACUUCCGUCAAAACAGCAAGUUGAGCCAGAAACGAGGACCUUACAGCAUGUUACCAAGAACUCCAACCACAACCAUCAAACCCAAGCCAGCGUGAGUCACUUCGACAUCGCAGACUCCGCCAGUAGUACACAGCAACGAACACCGGACCAGGCUCCUCCGCCUCGUGCAGAACCUAGUCAAGUCGCUCGAUCGCAAUUCGCAACUCAUGACUGGGUACCUGAGCAAAGUUCAAUGCGCGGCCGCACACACGUAUCUUGGUCAUUACAAGCAUUCGAUAGACUGAUGACAUACGCCGGGAUCAGUCUGACCGAGAACGCGAUCAGUCAGUUCGGUAAUGGAUCGUCGAACGUGCCCACACACGAGUCUGGCACAUCGGAGACGUCGGUAGCAGGAUUGCCCGACAGGAUGUUUGAUUAUCUGCCACCCAUUUCUACAGCGUGCGGUUUAAUCGUGCGAUACCUGGAGACUUUUGAUACAGUCUACCCGAUUCUUGAUCGAGAAGCCUUCGAGGACGACACAUCUACCCUGCUCGCUGAUCCUGCGAAAGCUUCCAAACUUUUCGUCAUGAAGUCCUUGCUAGUGCAGGCCAUGGCCUCGGCUACAUACCUGUCGGGAGAAGCGUCUGCGUUCGGGACAGCAACACCUCGAUGGCGAGAGAUGGCAUCUUCGUGCCUUACCUCAAUGAUUGAGGCUGGGCAGCUCAGCAUGGAAGGUCUGCGACUGUUGGCGCUGGGAGUACAUCACGCUGAAGAUGCAGCUUCGAGAACUCUAUGGUGGUGUAUCAAUGAGCUUGACCUGAACGCGUGUCUCGCAGCUGGUAUGCCACCUUGCGCGACGGCCACAACCCAGCCAGAGAUGAGAAGUACGCAGCCAAAUGCCAUCGAUACCGUCGAAGACAUCCAGCACAUCCUCAGAGCUUCCUUACCCACUCGCCAAAAGAUCGUCCAGGCACUCAACACGGGGAAACACCUCCGCUUCGACACCGUUCUCUCCCUGACAGUCACUUUCGGAACUAAAUUCCUCUCCUUCAUCCACACAACCUACAUCACCGCCCUCCACCGCCCCUUUGCAACAAUCAAAGACCCAGCCUUCUACCUCUCCCGAGCCACAACCCUCCGCCUCUCAAAACAACAUCUCAACGACCUCACUUACGCCCUCCAAAACCCAUCCCCCACGGAUCCAUUCGCGCCCCUCCUCCUCCUCCUCGACGACCCCCCCUUCCGUCCCCAAGCCCAGCACGCACUCCUCCAUCAAUCGCACGAACUUUACCGCAGCGACAACAAAGACAGCAGAGCUGUAAUUCUAGCGACUCUUAGGGGCUUCUUCAGUGUUGCUGAGCAGAAUAUGAAGAAGGGCAGAUUUGUGGAUCGGAUGCUGAUGGUGCCGGCGAUGGUGUUUGCGCACCUUGAUGCGACGGAGAGGUGUGGGGUGGGGAGUGAGGAGUAUGGGAGGUAUAUGCAGGGAGUGGGAAAUGCGGCGAGGGGAUGUUCGGGGGGUUGA